GGUUUGGGAGGUGGACUGGCUAUGGGGUCUGGGCUGGGGUUGGGUGGGGGAUCAGGGGGUGGGCUGGGUUUCGGUGGUGGCUUAGGUGGAGGUGGAGGUGGUGGUGGUGGAGGUUAUGGUGGAGGUUAUGGUGGAGGAUAUGGUGGAGGUGGAGGUUAUGGUGGAGGUUAUGGUGGAGGUUAUGGUGGAGGUGGAGGUUAUGGUGGUGGUGGCGGUGGAGCCCUGAUGGCCAGUCCUGCCUUCGCUAUGGGACGCACCAUGGCAGCAGGGGGUAUCGGUGGCGGGUCGGCCAUGGCAUUGGGUACCUCUCUGGGCCCAGCAUUGGCUCCUAUGCGGUCCCGGCAGGCAGAGAAGAACAUGCUGUCCGGCCUCAACGAACGUUUCUCAUCGUACAUGGGCAAAGUGAGAGUCCUCCAGCAGGAGAACGCCAUCCUGGAGGCCAGACUGUCCCAGUUGUCAGGGGGUGCGGACAUGGGGUCUCCAGAGUCCUCCAGCACCACCACAGCGGAGUACGAGGCUCAGCUCGGCGAGUACCGUGUUGCCCUGGAGACGCUCACCCUGGACACCAUCAAACUGGAGAUCGAGCUGGACAACGUUCGUGGCACUGCCCACGAACUCAAGGCCAAGUUUGACUUUGAGCAAGGUGUGAAGUUUCAGCUGGACUCUGACAUUUCAGCUAUGAAGAAGGACAUAGAGUUGGCGUCUGAACUACGCAUUGAUUUGGACGCUAAGUACUCCAGCUUGAAGGACGAACUGGACUUUGUCAGCAAGACGCAGGAAGAGGAAUUGUCCACUCUGCAGUCCAAACUGGGCACCACGUCUAUGGACACGUCUGUGUCCAUGAUCGAGGUUGACACGGGCAAGUCCUUUGACAUCUCCACUGCUCUCAACAAGAUCAGGGUGGAGUACGAGAAGUCUGUGCAGCAACACAGAGAUGAGGCGGACGCCUACUACAAACUGAAGAUGGAAGAGAUACAGACCGCUACCGCCAAGAGUUCGGAGGCUGUCUCAGAGGCCAAGAUGGAAAUCUCAGGGGCCCGGAAAGAGCUGCAGACUUUCGGUCUAGAGCUCCAAGGCCUGGUCACUGCAAACAUGUCCCUGGAGCAGAGCUUGGCAGAAGCCCAUGCCCAGUCAAGCAUGGGCGUGGCCGGGUACCAGGGUCAGAUCUCCAGCUUGACGUCGGCCAUCGAGGUGGCCAAAACUGACCUCCACAAGCAGAUCAUGGCCUACCAGGAGCUUCUGGACGUCAAGCUGGCUCUCGACGUGGAGAUCUCCACCUACAGGACCCUGCUGGAAGGAGACCACCUCAAAUUACCUGACACAUCCGGAUUUACAACAUCUUCCUACAGUUUCUCGGCUGGAGGUGGAGGAGGGGGAAUACAAGUUAAAGAGAUCAUAACAGAACACACAGAGACCUCCCUGAUCUCUGAAACCGCAUCCGCAGACUCUGAAUCCACCUGAUUCCACCAGGGUACCUCUGGAACGGUGGACGUUCAGACGCUCAAGCAACUCUUUUAACCCCC